AUGUCAUAUUCAUGCAUUGGUUAUUAGACAAAUCUUCAAAAGUCAACUUGCGUCUUUUUAAAGUGUUUGACAAACUGUCUCGUCAUCUUAUUUCUGGAGAUGAUUGUUUAUGGAAAUCGGCUCUUUUUGAAUAACAUUGUUGUAAUAUGGAAUCUUACUUGGUGAUUAAGCAUAAAAGGAAUGUAUUCCGAUGAGGACCAUAAUAGUAAAACACAAAUAUAUUUGCUCAACUGAAAAGUUAUAAUAAUGCUUCGAGACUACAAUUUACGGAAGCAACAUAACAUUAACGAACUUUGUCAUUACAAUUGGAUAAAAAGAAGCUUUGAUCCCAAUAUGGUAUGUUCACAUAGAAAGCGAACUAGAAAAUUUAACUUUAAUAUAUAUGGAACGUUAUACAGACGAUUGAACAGAUUUGAAAAGACUUGGACAUUUCAUCACAAUCCUUUGCCAGACGUGGAAAACACCUAUUUGAGCUUUGCAAAUCCAAAUUAUCACUACGAAGAUAGAAAGAACAGUAACGACAAACUGAAUAAAGACGUUUACCAUAACGAUAACAACAUUUAUGACGAGGUUGAUGUGAGCACCAUUUCUCUUCUUGAUAAACAGAACGGUCAAGAAACAAAAGACAUGAAAGUAGAAAAUAAGGAACUAGACAAAUUGUCACAAAAGAAAAGACAUCUUUUGAAUGAUGUCAAUUCUUCAGAUGAUGAGGUUGCUACGUCCACAGAUGAAGAAAUUGAAAACAAAGAUCGUGGAAAAAACGAAAAAGUCCUAAGUGAAAACAAAAAAAACUUGAAGAAUAGUGACAGUGGAUUUGAAGAGUUGGAUAAUUCUAAAACAAGUAGAAACAGGAAGAAGCAAGGGUUUAUGGGAUACUAUACAAUGUUAGAAGCUAAGGCCAAGGAAAAACAGCUGAAGAUUCUGGAGACUCCUGAUACAGAGGAAGAUACACCAACAGGGGGUAGCAAGUUUACAAAGUUUGGAUUUGACAUCAACUCUCCCGACUCUAAUGAUAGUGGUAUCCAAUCAGAUGCUAGAUCAGAUGAUGGAAGCAGUCACGUACAUGGUCCAGUGAAUGAUGACAUCUAUGCAGUGGUGUGUAAAUCUACCAGCUCUGACCUCGGUCUGCUGAGAAUAGAGAACAGUGGUAGUGAAGAUAACACUCCAACAGAAGAGGACAAUCCAAAGAAACAGAAAGAAGAAAGACUUCCACCAGGAUGGGAGAAAUGUGAAGAUGAAGAUGGUGCAUAUUACUGGCAUAUCAAGAGUGGGACUAUCCAGAGGGAGCCACCAUCCCCAGCACCACCAGAUACUAAACAUGUGACCAUAAGAUCUGUAUCUAUAAAUAGUGAUAGUAGCACAUUGUCUAGUGAUACAGAAAGUGACUCGGUACCCUCCACCCCAACCAGUGGAACAUCAGAAGAUCCUCUGACAGCAUUUGAGGGACAUGCUUUACAAUAUGCAGUUAAUUCAAUUCAGAACAUGUCCUCUUCAAGAAGUCUUUCUGCAGUACCUAAAGUGGAAGCCAAUGGUCCAGAGAAGAAAGAAGAAAAGAAAGCUGUAAGAUUUUCUGUUCGCUCCCUUGGAUGGGUGAGAAUUGCUGAGGAAGAUUUGACGCCAGAGAGGAGUAGCAGAGCUGUUAACAAAUGUAUCGUAGAUCUGACACUUGGUAGAAAUGAUAUCAAUGAUGUUGUUGGUAGAUGGGGAGAUGGAAAAGAUUUGUACCUUGAUCUAGACAGGGAUAGUUUACGUUUAGUAGACACUCAAGAUUUCAUUGUAAUUAAUGUACAACCGAUACAGUCCAUCAGAGUAUGGGGAGUAGGAAGAGAUAAUGGAAGAGAUUUUGCUUAUGUUGCCCGGGACAAGACUACAAGAAAACACAUGUGUCAUGUCUUCCGCUGUGACAAUCCUGCCAGACAGAUUGCCAAUACAUUACGAGAUAUUUGUAAACAAUUGAUGAUGGAAAGAAGACUCCAGCAGGCUGCAGUUGAACAACGAUUGUCUAGACCGACAGACUUGCCAAAUUUAGAGAUAGCUGGUCAACAAGGGAACCAAAAAGCUGUAUUACAGAGUUUGUUAAGAAGUGCAUCAUUCCCCACACCUAUGGAGGAACCAAAGAAGGUCAUCAGAUGUCAUUAUAUAGGGUGUGAAGCGGUUCUCAAACCUGUUGGUACAGAUAUCCUGAAUGGAGCUAUUAUGGCAUUGUAUAACAAAAUUCCUCCAGAGAAAUGGAAGUUUGUUAAUGUUGGAAUAGCACCUUCUACAAUCACAAUUACAGAACAUAAAACAGAAGUUAAGCUGGAUGAAUGUCGUGUCAGAUUUCUAUCCUUUAUGGGAAUAGCUGUUGAUAAUGUCAGGUUAUGUGGUUUUAUUAUACAUGGACCAGAGGAUCAGUUUAAUUGUCAUGUAUUCCAUUGUGAACCAUCAGCAGGGGCACUGUGUAAAACAAUAGAGGCUGCUUGUAAGCUUAGAUAUCAGAAGUUAUUAGAUGCCAAUCCUACCACCCCUACUAACAGUAAUAAAACAGACAACAAGCUCCAUCACCUAGGGGCAUCAAUUUCAGCUGGUUUGAAAUCUGGUGCAGAAUCUGUUCAGACUAAUAUUUUACCUGGUAUAAAAGCUGGGGCCCAAACAAUGCAAACUGGACUUAAAGCAGGGGCUCAUACAAUGCAAACUGGUGUCAUAUUCGGAUUUCAUGGUGUUCAAAAUGUUUUCUCCAAGAUCAAAACCAAAGUGAGAAAGACAGAGAGCAGCUAGUAAUAGGAGAAUAGUUAGGAUCUUACCACAGCAUUAAUCUUUUGGUGCUUGUUUUCGACAUGGAGUUCAGAGUAUGAUAGAAUCAAUGAAAUCUCCAGUCAAAUAACACCAAAUAAGGACAUUCCAAAUUGGGCAGACGACACUCAAAUAUAGAGCAGACGGCAACUGAUGCACAGAUGUCUGAAUUUCCAUCAUCCCAAAGAUUUGUUGCAUAUAUAAAACUGUAAUCAUCACUUCACGGUGUAACGUUGAUUUCCAUAUAUCUUCUUUAUGUUAUAUUUAAUAUAGAAGUGACCAUAGAACACAAUGUCAUCCAAAUUAUUUUAAUUGUCAGAAUAACAAGACAAUGUUGGUGUUUAUUAUAGUGAAAUUUUGUUUUAAAUUUCUUCCAGAUUGAAUAAUGCAAAUGAUAGAAUAUUGUUUGGAAAUCUUUUGAAACACAACAUUUACAUUCUAAAUUUUCAGUCAUUCUGUUUACAACAGUAGCUUAUACCACAUUCAUAAUACUUAUAUAACUAGUCACUGACCUUAUCAGGUUAUAUUUUGCGAAAUUAAAACUCAAGUCCAUCUAAAAUAUUAAAUUCACUUUUGAAAAUCUUUAUAAUCCAACUAAAAAAAAAUACACACCUAUUUGGACAAUACAUAACUAGUUACACAGUCCAAAAAAAUUCUAAUUUGAUUUGAAAGAAUGUCAGUACAUGUAGUAAUAUUUCUGCUACACCUCACUGAUUAAAAGUCUACACAGCAUUUCAACAUGGAUACUACCUCCUCAAAAAAUUUUACCUUAUAUAAUCAAAAUUGGUUGUUAAUAUCUUUCUGUUUCUAUAAAACGUGCUGGAAAUCUUUUGGUUAUAUUAAAAAAUAAUUUGGAUGACUGCAGAAAUCCAUAGGCAUUAUAGAAACUGUCGUAAAGUAGCUUUCGUAGGGCAUUUGUUAUAAGAAGUUUUAAGGUUGUAAGUUGUUUGUGAUAUAUAUUAUAAUGUGCAAUACAAAAGUUUUAUAAAGAUUUGUUUUAACAGGUUGCUAAUUUAACCAUUUUUAUUUUUAUCUCAGAGAAUUUUCCACUGCCAAUGUUAGGUUUAGGAAAGUGAUGUGUAGCGCUUUGUCUCUAUGGUGCUAAAAUCAUGCAGUUUUUAAAUUUAGAAAAUAUUCAUAGACGAUUUAGGAUUUAAAGACUUCAUAGUAUUUUCACCAUUUGCAGUGAGCUACCAGAUUGUUAUAUUUUGUUUUUUGCAGCUGUGGAAAGAAUUUUAUGAUAUGUAAAUUUGGCUAAAUGAUUUCUGAUAAAGUUUGGAAUGUGUUAUUCAUCUUACUUCAUUAUCAAUCAGUCAUACAAAUUAAACAAGUUCAUUUAUGGGUAAUAUAGAUGUCUGACGUUGUCAUUUUUAUAAAUCAUUUUUUUCAUAAGUUUUUGUCAAUCAUGAAAAAUUCUGUUGUAAAAGCAAAGGCAACAUUUUGUUUUGAAUUUUGUUUUGUCUUUCAAAUUGUGUACAUUCCUUUCAUUUGCAUUAUAAACCAAAGACAAAUUGUGUUAUUCUAUUUAUUAAAAUGUAUCAACUUGUUUAUAUAAAAUUUGUCUGCUUCAAUAUUUAUAUAGUAGAUCUGUAUGGAUGUAAAACCUCAAUUAACUUGUAAAACUUGUUAAUAGAUUCAUGUCCAUCUUUGUCCAAAUCUACUCGAAAUUUCUUACAUACAAAUAAAAGUUAAUAGUAACAGUAGAAUAAACCAAAAUAGUUCAAAGUUCAGUGCCAUUUUUUUGUUAUGCAAAAUGUUUUCUGCUGUACAAACUUGUUAAUCUAUAGUUUAUUUGUUGACUUUUGUGUUUAUCUGAUUUUGAUUGGGAAAAUUCAACUAAAAACCAGUCGUUUAAUUGUUUAUUUAUUCAGUCAAUUUUUUUAUGGAUGAUUCCAAUUUUAUUUUUUUUCAUCUAUUGAAUUUUUUGUUUUUAUAUUUGUUUUAAACAUAUGUGAGUAUUUCAAGAUGUUGUCAGAAUGAGAAUUUUCCUUCUAAUUUUUUGUGCAAUAAAUUAAGAUUUUCAUGUAACAAUUUAAUGAGCUAAAAUCAUUUAUAUGAAACAAAAAAAAGUUAAUGAUCAUCUUUGAUACGAAAUAUGACAUCAUUAAACGGAGGACAAACUCUCCAAAAAAUAACUUGGAACUCUGUUAGAUUAUUCUAGAUUAUUCCUUUAAUGUCCAAGUCAUGAAAAUCUACUCGGUUUUGAAAUGAUUCUGAAAAGAAGAUUUCAUUCAGUUACUUAGAUUUAAAAAAAAUUUGAGGUCAUCAAAUAAAUGUUACCAGAUAGGAAAUAAUUUCAUCAAAAUAUUAGGAUCAUUAAUAAUUGUAAGUGAAUCAGUGCAUGACUUGCAAGUUUUUUUUUCAUUGGACAUUUUCUCCUGAAACUUAAAAUUGUAGUUGAUAUUUACUGAAAAAGACUUUUUGAUAAAAUAUUUUUCAUGGAUUGCUAUCAGUAACACAGUUUUAAAUUAUUGAAAAACAGUUGUUGAAUUUUAGUUUUACAGAAUUUUGGCCCUGUAAACUUUCAUUUUUGUUAUUCUCAUGCAUUUAAAAAAAACUUGUUGACAGUUCUAUAAGUGAUAAGUUUGCAGUAGAACUUUUUUAAUACAAAUGCAGUUGUUCAGUAUGAUUCAUAUUAAACAUUUAGAGUUUGUAAACAGUAUAAUAUUUAUAUAUGAUAUGUGUAGUUUAUAGAUAAUUUUAUAAUAGAUCUGUUUGUUAUCUGUGGUUGUAGUGUUUAACUUUUUGGUCAGUAAUUUAACAGUUUUAGAUUUUUUUUAAAAGUUUUAUGUUCAUUUGAGUAAUAACUGGUGCUUUUUGUUGAACUUAAGUUUUUUUUAUUAACAGCACUUUUCAUGCAUUUUAUGAAAAGUUUAAUCCAUUUUAAAAAAUUUUUAAAUAUUUUAUGCACAUUUUUUUAUUGUACAAAUCUGUAGAAAAUUGUUUUAUUUACAGUUUUGACGCUAGUUAUUAUUAUUUUUUUUAAUAAAAGAGUGUCAGAUAAUAUCUACAAAUUUUGAACCCUGACAUUAACCAUUUAUAACCUUUUAUUUUAUUGAUUAAAUUUUAAUUAUGUCACAAAAUAUACAUGUGAAUUUAGGUAUAUUUUAUGGUGACAGAAAUUUGGUAGUCAUUGUUGAAAUAUGUCACAAGUUGUAUCAACUCAAUCUGGUGUUUGACAUUGGUAUACACACCUAUUUAUCAUUGAAGAAACAAAUGUUGACUCUUGGUCUCUUUUGAGUUGUUGGUAUGCUGUCUCAAUGAUGUAUAACCCACUUUAUUCAUGCAUAUUAAUGUUUGGGUCAGCGUCAUCUCCAAACUUUUUCUUCAGAUUUUGCUAUUAGUUUUCCAAUCGCCAUUUAUCUGAUGGGACUUUUUUUCAACAAAGCAAAAAUUUGGUAGAAUCUUGAAAUAGGUCAAUCAUGGUGAUCAAUUUUUAAAACAACUUUGAUUGAAUUUUAUCAUUCACAGUUUUAACAUCCUUAUUUCCGGUGUUUUAUUUUUCUAAUCCAGUUUAAUGAUUGUUUAUAAAGUAUGGUGUGUUAAAGCUUGUUGAGUAGAUGUAGAAACUGUGAUUUAAUUUUGGUUGUGAUUUUGUUUUAUUGAUUUAUUUUUAAGAUUUGUAUAAAUGUGAGCUUUAAAUUUUGAAACACUGUUAGUAAGUCAAUUAGCAUAUUUGAUAAUGAAAAAUAUUCUUCCAGUUUUCUAAAUCAGUUAUUUUAAAUAAUAAUGAAAAACAUUCUUAUUGUUUUCUAAAUCAGUUAUCUUAUAAGAUAAUGAAAAUACCAUUUUAAAGUUAAUUUACUUACUUUUGAAAAGACGACUUUUUGAUAGCUAUGUUACUGUAUGAUUCAAUUUUUUGCUUUUGAACUAUUUCCCUAUGCAUUAAAGUUUUGACUUAUUCUCCAGUAUAUUAUUACUUUUAUAUGUAAAUUUCAAUUUUACAGAUUAAGGUGAACAACAUGAAGAUUUAUACAGUGUGCAUAAGUUGUUGUUUUAUAAAUAUCAGUAUCUUCUCAAAACAUUUGAUAUAUUGAAUUUCACGGAAGUUCUUUCUUGAUUGUUUUUACACAAAUCAGUAUAGUAUGUUAAGUCAUUUUUAACUUCAACCAUACACAAGCUUAUCAAUUUACUUGUAAGAUAACGGUUCUUUUUCUAUAUUAUCAAGAGUCAUUUAGUUAAAUUCUGCAGUGUUGAACCCAAUUGCUCAGGAGAAACUCUUGCAAUUUCAAAGUCAAAUAUCAUGAAAUCCAAAAUUAUUCAAUACCUUAAAGUUUUUCAAAUAUUUGGAGAAAAUUGAUAAGCACAUGAAUGGUUGAUAGAGAUUUGAGUAAACAUUAUUCAGAACAAUUGUCUUUUCAAAAUAUUAAAGUCCUAUGGCUAUUAUUAUGUUAAAAAAUGCAAUGAUUGAAACCAAGCAUCCAUGCUAUAAUAUUUAGUACAAUUUCUAUAUCUUUAUAUUAUUAAAUUCAUCUCUUUAUAACAAGAAGUUUAAAACCAUGCUUUUUAUAUGCACUGUAUAAUAAAUACUCAGCCAUUUGUUGAUAGUGGUACACAGCUACUUAUGUUUGUUGUUGUAUUAUUUCAUCAUUGCUAUUUAUAGAUCAUGUUUAUUCAAUAUCAGUUAUGUUCCUUUUGCUAUUGAUGUACAGUGCAGACUUUUUGCAAGGGAAAUAAACUUACAUAAAUUCA